CGCUUUUCCCCCCAUGCCCGGCCUGCCAACCCUGGGUUACCUUUUCCAUUCUGCUUUUUCAGAUACGUCACGAUGGAUCAAACAGUUACCGUUUGAUGCAGCUGGGAUGCUUGGAGUCAGUGGCCAACUCCACCGUCGCCUACUCUUCCUCGUCGCCGCUCACCUAUUCCACCACCGGCACUGAGUUCGCCACCCCCUAUUUCUCCGCCAACCACCAGUACACUCCCCUACACCACCAGUCCUUCCACUACGAGUUCCAACACAGCCACCCGGCGGUUAACCCCGACGCCUACUCCUUGAAUUCGCUCCACCACUCGCAGCAAUACUAUCAGCAGAUCCACCAUGGAGAACCCGCCGACUUCAUCAAUUUGCACAACGCCCGGGCGCUCAAGUCCUCCUGCUUGGACGAGCAGAGGCGCGAACUCGGGUGUUUAGACGCCUACCGCCGGCACGACCUCUCUCUCAUGAGCCAUGGCACCCAAUAUGGGAUGCAUCCCGAUCAAAGGCUCCUGCCGGGACCAAGCCUUGGGCUGGCGGCCACGGGAGCGGACGAUUUGCAGGGUUCGGUGGAGGCCCAGUGUGGGCUAGUACUGAAUGGACAAGGUGGGGUGAUAAGGAGAGGUGGUACGUGUGUCGUCAAUCCCACAGAUCUCUUUUGCUCAGUUCCUGGUCGCUUAUCAUUACUCAGCUCCACUUCCAAAUACAAAGUGACCAUUGCAGAAGUGAAAAGACGAUUGUCUCCACCAGAAUGUCUCAAUGCCUCUCUGUUGGGAGGGAUUUUGAGAAGAGCAAAAUCCAAAAAUGGAGGGCGGUGUUUAAGAGAGAAAUUGGAUAGGCUGGGCCUCAAUCUGCCUGCCGGAAGAAGAAAAGCAGCUAAUGUCACCCUCUUGACAUCCUUGGUGGAAGGAGAAGCUUUGCAUUUGGCCAGGGAUUUUGGCUAUACUUGUGAAACUGAAUUCCCAGCCAAGGCAGUCGGAGAACAUCUUGCCAGGCAACACAUGGAACAGAAGGAACAGACAGCAAGAAAAAAAAUGAUCUUAGCAACAAAGCAAAUAUGUAAAGAAUUCCAGGAUCUCCUAAGUCAAGACAGGUCACCUUUGGGCUCCUCAAGACCUACUCCAAUAUUAGAUCUGGAUAUUCAGAGACAUUUAACACAUUUCAGUUUGAUUACUCAUGGCUUUGGAACUCCUGCGAUUUGUGCUGCCCUAAGCACUUUCCAAACUGUUCUAAGUGAAAUGCUGAACUACUUGGAAAAACACACAGCGCACAAAAAUGGUGGAGCACCAGAAUCCGGCCAAGGACACAGCAACUCAGAGAAAGCCCCACUGAGGAAAACGUCAGAGGCAGCAGUGAAAGAGGGCAAAACAGAAAAGACAGACUAGCAACAUCAGGCAGAAUCUAUUUCCAGAGAACUUUGCUGUUAUUUUUUUUUAAAGAAACAUAUAUCUAUCUAACUAUAUCUAUAUAUGCCUGUAUAUCUCAUCUAGCUCCUGUGGACCAAACUGAAUGGGGGGAAAGAAAAAAAUUGUAAAAAAUCCACCAACCCAGACAACUCUAAGGACACCAACCAUGUGAUGAGACUAUCCAUUUUUAAGUGUUGCUCUUGAAACUGCUGUGUGUUUGUGUGUGUGUGUGUGUGUGUGUGCGCGCGCGCGCACGCACGCACAUGCAUUCAUUUAAUCAUUCCAAACAUUAUACCAAUGCACAUUUUCCUGGCAUUUCUAGACUCCAGAAGGCUGUUCAGGAUCAUGAAAAUACAUCAUCAUGGGAUACACUUGUACCACUGGGAAAAAUUGUAUCACUCCACCCAUCUGAUGGACGAAACACAAACAAACACCUCUUUUCACUUCUGACAUCAUAUGAAAGACCCCGGACUGAGAAAUGAAAAAUAUCAGAGCUCUUAAGAGUACAAUCACUGCAUUGUCAUGACUGAUGAUUGGAGGCCUUGGGAAUGUAUAAAGGAUCCUCGUCAGUGCUAUGUCAAAGCCCAUCAAGGUCCUGUCCUUCCCAUUCAAGGAUCACCCUCAGGAUGAAAUCACAGAUUAGAAUGAAUAAGCCUGGACCUUAUCACCUUUUUACCUCUGCUUGGUGUAAGUCUUUCCCAUUUGCAUUUCAACUCAUUAGCCCAUUUUCAUCUCAGCAAGAAAUAACAUAUAGUCACGUAUGCUGCUGGUUCAAAAGAAGAGAGUGCAGAGGACUAAUGUAUUAUUUUGAUAUUUCUGGGUUUUCUUGCCUCCUUUUUCAUAACAGCUCUGAUUCAACACCAGAUGUUCUCCAGGUGGUGGUAGAGAGCAGGCCCAGGUUAUUCUUCCUUGUUUUAGUUCUCUGGGGCAGAUCCCCAGGAAUGCCUGGAAAAAUAACGUAUAUGCUGAAUUGUUGUAAGUAAGUAGGUUCCGGGCAUCCUUGACUAGGCAAGAUUCUCCUAGCACAGUCUGCAUAAAGGGUGCCCAUUGCUGCAGAUGUUGUCUUGUCAUAAACAAAUUGAGGGUGUAAAAAUAAACUAAGGUGACCAUCCUUAGAAGACAUACUCAUGUACGGGUUCCUGGCUCUCAUACUGCCAUGGUAAUAUGCGUGAUAUGGUGAUAUGCUUACCAGAAGCUGUGAAGAGUUCUUUUUAAUCCAGGAAGGAAGUAAAACCCCAAGCGGUAAAGUCUGCCCAUUCAAGUCACCAAUGAAAUUUAUGUGAUAAUAAUAUAGAACUGGGUUGCCAUUGUCAUCUUCCAAGUGGGUUUCUUUAAAGUAUUAUAUUUAUAAGGAAAUUAAUGCCCAGCUUCCUGCUUUGUGGCAGUUUAUAGCUAUCUAAUUUUAACCUAGUCUAAAGGCCUGGAAUACUAACCUCACCUAACCUACUCCCAUGAACUUUUUGAGAUAAGCCAAAAUCAGCUUGGUUAGAUUUAUUUGUCAGGACUGAGUCACAAAUUAGCAAUGGUGGGAUUCAGAUAUGUGAACAACUGGUUCUCUGUGUGGAUGCCGCUUCCGGAAGUCCAUUCUGGGCCUGGGCAACAAAAAAUUAGCUACCAGUUCUGCCAAACUGGUGCGAACUGGCUGAAUCCCACCACUGCGGCGUGUAGGUAAUCUUCAUUUAGCAAACACAAUUGGGACCAGCAACUCAAUCAUUAAGCAAAGCAAUCACUAAGCGAAAUUGCCACUGUGCUUAAGAUCUUACUUCAGUUUUCCUUUGCUUUAUAGACCUGUGAAGGUCACAAAUGCAAGGAUUGAUUGUAAAGUUACUUUUUCAUCAUGGUCAGAACUAUGAAUGGUUGCUAAACAAGGCAGUAAGUAAACAAGGACUACCUAUAUUGAAAUCUCAUCCAGUAUCCUGGCACAGUUCAUUCAAAACCCUUGAUCUGCCUAAGCAUAUUACUGCCUUGUUAUAUAAAGCUAUUAUGGGCCAAUACGCUGCAUCUAGUGAGCAUAUCUUUCAAUAGGACACAUUUGUCCUCCCCCUCCAAAAAAAUCAACCACCCAAUCAAAAUUAAAAAGGUACAAAUGUAGUUCCAUCAAAGUCAAUGAUGUUAUAGCAGAAUCCAAGCACUAAGCAAUAAUUGUAAUUUCACUCAGAUAUGGCUAAACUUAUGAUUUUUUAAAAAAAAGAAAUUGUAGUCAUGUCCUGUAGGCCAUGUGAGUGUAUUCAAAAAUGGAUUUAAUAAGCUUAAAUUCAAAAAUGAAUUUAAUAAGCUUAACCUUGCUAGGUAGAAUUUCAUGUGUCUGGUGUGGGUAAGAGAUCCAAGUCUCUGGUCUGAUCUGUCACUUGUUAAGAUUCUGGCAGCAGCCACCAAAUAAUGAUAAUAAGAUCUGUCAAUGACUGCUUUUACUAAGAAAUGUUACUCUACAUUCAAGAAAGAGAAGAUGUUUUCAGUCAGAAUGGCUAGGUCACUUGAGAUUGUACAUUCCACAUUCAAGGGUCCACUUGUUGUCAAAAGAUUGCCUAUUAUUUUAGGGCCUUUUCCCUAAUUUUGAAAUCCUGGCAAAAACUUCAUUGAAACUGUAUAGUCCUUUCCUGGUUCAAUUCAUAUUUAAAUAUCUCACUAGGUCUCUAAGGGACCAAUUGGCUCUUUCUGUUUUUAUUGAUUAAUGAGUAAGCUCAAUAUCCAAAGAUCCCUUUUCUCUGUCUAACAUACAGCCAUACAUAGGACAUCCUUCACAUAUUUUUAUACAAUGCAUAUCUAAAAAAAUAAAUAGUGUGGAAACCACUUGUCUGAGACAAAGAGGUAAGCUGCAGCUGAAUAUAAUAUAGCCUGAAGCUUCAUAUCACCGGAGGGAAAAAUUAUUCGUUGCUGUCUGAUGUGUAGUAUGACUGUUUCGCCUUUAACUUGAUGAUCUAUCAAACAGGAACAGAUAUAGUGAAUGGUCUCCCUCAAACUUCUGUGUAAAUACGACAUCCUGUUCAUACUUGCUUUCAAAAUUUCCUCACAAGCAUGAUUGUUUCGUAGAAGCACUGCUCUGAUGGCACUCUCUUUUGUUUGGGUUUUUUACUUGCAUUCUUCUCUACUCUUGGUGAUUUUUAAUAAAAGAAAAGGGGGGGGUCCUUUUUUGCUCUGGACACUAAUCCACCAGAAAGAGAUGAGGAUUGUUCUCUAUCAGUUGAUCUUCAAAGAGAUCGUGCUCCUUGACACUUGACUUAUAAAAGGGCAAGAGAAACUGACAGCAAGGGAUUUCAGGCCAAUAGAAAUGCUCUGAGAGAUGACUUCCAAAUAAUUUUUCUCCUGGCUGGAUUGCAAAUCAGGAGACUGGGAAGAGCAGGGGGCUUUCCCACAUCAGAUAAAGGUCCGAUUUCAUUUGCAGUUUAAAAUGAUUUUAAUUCAAACCCACGACUUUUCCUUUUGUAUGAUGGACUCUGUAUAGCAAUCAUUGUACUUGUACAGUAUUUAAAUGUGAGUGAGCACAUAGACACAAGCAAGAUGUCAUGAUUUCCCCUCCCAUUUUGAUGGGAUCCUUUAUAAUUUGGCAAUGAAAUGCAUAGUUCUUUUUCUGUUUCUUAUAUGACUUGUUUAUUAGACAUGACCCUAAGAAAAUAUGACCCCAUUUAA